GACUGUUCCAGUAUAAAAGAUUAAAUUACGGUACGAACAGUGCAGCCGAGAUAUUCCAAAAUGUGCUACAACAAAACCUUAGCGAUAUCAGAGGAGUGAAAAACCUGGUGGAUGAUAUUAUUAUUCAUGGUAAAACCCGAAAGUCACACGAUGAAGCACUAGAGAACUGUCUAAAACGGCUAGCAGCACUAAACUUUAAAGUGAAAGGGGAAAAAUGUGAAUUUCUACAAGACGAAAUUACGUUCUUCGGAUUAAAAUUUACAGCAGCAGGAACCAAACCAGAUCCAGAGAGUAUUGAGAACAUGGUUAGAGUACAAGCUCCCAAAACUGCUGGAGAAGUUAGAAGUCUUCUGGGAAUGGCCAACACUUGCCACGAAUACAUUCCAGAUUAUGCAACUAUUACAGCACCUCUAAGAGAACUAACCAAGAAAAACAUUGCGUUUAAGUGGGAAAAUAGACAUCAGAAAGCAUUUGAGCAACUGAAAAAGAAACUAACAAGUACCCAAGUUAUGGCAUAUUUCGAUACAAAGAAACGAAGUCUAGUAAUCGUAGAUGGCUCCCCUUAUGGAAUUAGUGCAAUACUAGCACAGAAAGAACAUCACAGCCAGCAGUACAAAAUCCUUUCAUAUGCAAGCAGAGCACUCAGCCCAGUUGAGACAAGAUACUCUCAAACAGAUAUUGAAGGACUUAGCUUAGUAUGGGGAAUUGAGCAUUUUCGAAUGUUCUUGAUUGGAUCAGAAUUCGAUGUGAUAACUGAUCAUAAAGCAUUAGAAUCUAUAUUCAAUAACCCAAGAUCCAGACCACCAGCCCGCAUCGAGAGAUGGAUGAUGCGAUUACAACCAUUCAACUUCAAAGUCAUUUACCGCAAAGGAUCCUUAAACGAAGCUGACAACUUAAGUAGACAUCCAGCUGUUAUAGAGAGAGAACAAAUAACGAGUACAUCAGCAGAAGGAUAUGUGAAUUAUGUAACUAACUGUUCAGUUCCAAAGUCAAUGACACUUGACGAGAUUAAAAAAGCAACCCAUAACGAUCCAGUAUUACAAAAAGUUAAGAAAUGUAUGAAAGAGGGAAAAUGGGAUGAGAACGAUCCGGAUCUUAAACCGUUUAGACUUUGCGCCGACGAACUUACGUACAAUGCAUCAGCAGGUAUACUGUUGAAGAACACACGGCUGGUCAUUCCAACACCAUUACAAGAAAGAGCAACAAAGUUAGGUCAUAUCGGGCAUCAAGGAAUUGAGAAAACAAAAAGCCUACUACGCGAAAAGAUCUGGUACCCAAAUAUGGACAAACGAGUGAAAGAAAUGGUAAACAAAUGCAUUCCUUGCCAAGCUGUAGGUCACGGUAAUAACCCGGAGCCAAUGAAAAUAACACCAACCGAAGACAAACCAUGGACUAGUGUAGCAAUCGACUUCUAUUGUCCAGUACCCCGAACUGCAUGGUCAAUACCUGCUAGUGGUUAUCGAUACCUACUCAAAAUUCGCAGAGAUAGAAAUAGUCAACUCAACCGAAGCAAAAACUUGCAUACCAAAAUUAGAUACGAUAUUUGCCAGAUAUGGAAUACCAUCAAAAAUAAAAACUGACAAUGGACCCUCAGAACAUUAUACGGUAGUACAACGUAAGUACAACACCAUCAUAGCUGAAAGAGAUGGUAAGACGGUGACAAGAAAUGUUUCACACUUUAAGAAGGUAGUAAUGGAGGAAAGCGUGGAGGAGCAGGAAGAUACAGCACCGGGAAGAUCGACGGAAACAGAGGAACCACCAAAGCAAGAACCAAGUGUAAGGAGAUCAACAAGAAUGAAAAGACCG